UAGACAAAGUCGUGACAUUGAAUCCAUUCUGUUAAUCAUGAAUGGAUUCGUGCUUUUAUUAGCGAGUACUUUUAUUUGCUUUACGUAUCAGAUAUUAGAUGAUGCCUUCUGCAACGCCACUCGCUGGGCCGGUCUUCAACGCGACCCGAACAAACAGUUCAGAUACGCACAAUUCAUAGAACAUUUUUAUCAUGUUCUGGACGUUCCAAAAAUCGAAGGAGUCGUCGUUCAGACGGGAAGACAAUGCUUGUUGCGAUGCGUAAAGAACGAUCGCUGCUUUUCCGCCAACACUGGAGCGUUUCAUCUACUAAACGGAAAUAUAUCGUGUGAUUUACUUCCAACUGACAAAUACAAUGCAUCCGAGAAGUUCAGAGCGAAUCAUACCUUCCAUCACUACAGUAUCAUGAGUCCUUGUGAACGUUUUCCUUGUCUGCACGGUGGAACCUGUCAAGCGCUUUACGAGACUGACGACUAUAGAUGUACGUGCCAACAAAACUACACCGGUAAAAGCUGCGAGGACGGGCUAGAAUGUUUCCUAAAAACAACGGAUGGCCACUGCUGCAUCAUACCUUUCACCUACGAAGGAGUGACAUACCACUCUUGUACUACAGUUGAUAAUGGCGACAUACUGUGGUGUUCACUGGACGCUAUCUACAAGGGAAUCUGGGGAAAUUGUGAAGUCCUUAGGCGAAGUUGAGAUUCAAGAGAAACAGUAAUAGAAGAAAGGCCCUGGCCAUUUUAAGAUUGUUACGAAAAUAUAAGUGUGUUUAAAUUGCUCCAAAAGUUAACCGCAGCCAGUUGAUUGAUAAUUUAUUAAGGAACUUUCCUGGAGGCUAACAAUGUUCUUUAUUAUUGUUUUUUCUAUUUAGCAUGAUGGCUUAACAAGUGACUACAUGACAAGGAUAAGAAAUACGAAUUAUAGACUACACAGAAAACCACAUCAGGUUAACAGUAAACGUCUAAAGCAUUACCGAGGAAAUUAAUAGUAAAUAAAGUUUGCGAGUUAUGCAUUCCAAUAUUGUGGUUUUCUUCGUUUUCCGAGCCAAUUUAUACUGUGCUAGUCGCAAUUCAUUUGUUUUUCGUCUGGAUGACUCAGCCAAAUCCCACACCCUACUCCUUCGUAAUAUGCAAAUAUCCUUUUCACAGAAUGCCAUAUUCUGAACCAUACAUUCUGGAAAACAAAAGAAAGCAUGAAACAACGCUCACUUGUAACUCAGGUUUAAUGUAUUCAUGUGGUUGUACUAUGGUUUAGUGAUAUCCCGCCUUUGCCAUUAUCCGCGGGAGUUCCCUACUCUACCUUACCCUACAAACUCCAUACCUACGAUCUUGGACGUUUUCUUGUUUUCUUCGAGAAGUGUAAGAUUUGAUUUCCCCUGAAAUAU